UUUCCACAAACACAAACCACACAAACACCACCUCAAAAUCAACCCUCACUUGUUAAAAUCGACACACCCUCUCUUUUUCAUCUGUUUUCCAUUCACAUCCACACCAAAAACAUAAUACACUUGAACCUAAACCAUGGCCAGUGUCACCUCUGCCGCCGUUGCCAUCCCAUCAUUCACCGGCCUAAAAGCCUCCCUGGCCGCCCCAUCAAGAGUCUCCGCCACCACAAAGGUGUCAGCCUCCGCCCUCCCAAGGCUCUCCGUCAAGUCUUCCCUCAAAGAAGUAGGUGUUGCCGUUGUUGCCACCGCUGCCACCGCAAUGCUAGCAAGCAACGCCAUGGCACUAGAGAUCUUGCUCGGCGGCGACGACGGAUCGUUGGCUUUUGUCCCAAGCAACUUCUCAGUGGCUUCUGGGGAGAAGAUCGUGUUCAAGAACAAUGCAGGGUUCCCCCACAAUGUGAUAUUCGACGAGGACGAGGUUCCGGCCGGUGUCGACGCCGGGAAAAUCUCCAUGAGUGAAGAGGACCUCCUCAAUGCCCCCGGCGAGACCUACAGUGUGACCUUGACCGAGAAAGGUUCUUACACUUUCUACUGCUCACCUCACCAGGGAGCUGGCAUGGUUGGUAAACUGACCGUUAACUAAGUUAUAAAAUUUAUGAAGAAAUUUGCGAGGACCAUUUUAAUUUUCUUGUAUUCUGUAUUUUUGGGUUUGUAGCAGGAGUUUAUUAUUUAAUAUGUCAAUGUAUGAGGUGAAUCUGUGUGGAUGUCAUUUGUGCAUCACAUUUUCUUCAUUUAAACAUCGUAGAUUUGUGUCGAAACUUAAUUUAGCAUGCACAUGUGUUUGAUUCUGUUGUAAUAAUUAGGCAUAAUGGUAAUAUUUGAUUGCUUUUACAAAUUUUA